AUGAUGUUUCAUACAAUUUUAACAAUUGUUGUCAUGUCCUCUUUGCUAAUAUCCCAUGUUGUCGGAAUAAGAUUCGUCAUUGACAGAGAAGAGUGUCUGUCUGUAAAUGUCGAAUACGAAGGUGAUACGGUUUAUGUUUCUUUUGUCGUAAUCAAGGCGGAAUCCCCAUGGCAUUUCGCUGAAGACGGGGUUGAUCUUGUGAUAAAAGGCCCUACUGGGGAGCACGUAUACGAUAUACAUGAUAAAACUAGUCAAAAGUACGAAUUUAUCGCUCAAAAGAAAGGGCUAUAUCACUUUUGCUUCACAAACAAGUCUCCAUACCACGAGACCAUCGAUUUUGAUGUUCAAGUUGGUCAUUUUGCAUAUCAAAACGAGCAACACGCAAAGGACGAGCAUUUCAAGCCGUUGUUUGAACAAAUAGCGAAACUUGAGGAAGCCCUUUACAACAUUCAGUUCGAACAACAUUGGUUACAAGCGGAGAAUGACCGGCAGGCAGUUGUAAAUGAGAAAAUGGGUAAGAGAGCUGUCCACAAGGCACUGAUUGAAUCAGCAGCACUUAUAGGGGCCAGUGUUCUCCAAGUUUAUCUUUUGCAACGCCUUUUUGAGCGGAAGCUUGGGAUUACAAGAGUGUAA